AUGUGCAUAGAAAUCAGCCACAACCAAUUCAAUAAAAUGGAUAAAACAGCAUCAAAUAAGAAAGUCUCCCUUAGCAUUAGAAAGCUAAUACAACAGUUCUUCAAACACCACAAAUCACAUGGCAGGGAAGGUGUUUCCUCUGAGACAUUCGAAAAUGAGUUGAAUGCCAGUCUGGAAAGCGAAAAGUAUGAAAACGAUAUCAAUGAACGCCUCUGCUCUAAGCAAUCCUUUGAAGCUGAAGAUUUCGCAAGCCCAUCGAUAGUACCGGUUCACUUUGCUCACACGGCACAGGGUACUUUGUUUUGGACAAUUUCCACCAACAACUACGACUACAAUCAAAUGAACCAUUUGCAGGAUAGAUGGGCACAAGCCUAG